AUGAUUGCCAACGAGUCUAGCCAGGCUGGUGUGGGCAGGGAUAUGCAACCCGCUGCUGUGCUGCUGCGUUGGCAGGAAGUGCGAUGCAGAAAUGGGGGUCUUCGAUUGGGCGCCGCAGUGCACAAGUUUGAGUGUGCAUCCUGCCGCUCAGAGAGGCCGCACGAAGACAAGCUCCUCCGUGGCGUCCGGGCCGGCACUCGGUGCUUCCCUAUUCAUGAUCCCGUGGGUGUAGCAUACCCUGGCAAGCUCGUAGAAUUUGCCCUGCCCGCCACCGCUGCGCGUCUUCCUCUUCCUCAUAAUAAAAGGUGUUCGCGCCCCCAGCACCAGCACGACCUCGUCGCCGACCCGGGAGAGGGUUGCCCCAUGGGUGGGAUUCUUCCGACUUUUCUGUCUUCGGUGGCACGAGCGGGAUGGAGGAAGGCAACGUGA